UUUCACAAGAGACUACAUCCAGAAUCACACUAGUGUAUAUAUAUAUAACUCAAAUGCAUAAUUUGGAGCACAGUAAUUUGCUAGAAAAAACUGUCAAAUCGCUCUAAACAAUCUGAAGAAAUCAACCCGCGCGCGGAUACAGAGAUCAACGGCCGGCAAAAAGGUUUCUCGUCGACGAAACCGCCGCGGCCGCCCCGAAGCUAUCGGGCGGCACCGCCGCAAUGCUGCGCGCCGCGGCCGCCACCACCGCCGGGUUCCUCCCGCCGCGUCUGGCCGCCGAGACGGCGCCCGCGGCAAGGGUUGUGGCGGCGGCGGGUGCCGAGGUGAGGUCGUCGCCGCUCCUCAGGGCUCUAGGGGUGCCGAGAGGCGGCGCCGGCAUUGGGAGCGCCACGCCGGGGAGGAGGAUGUACUUCGCCUCCGGCUCCGACUCCUCCGGAAGCGCCGCCGACAGCGACUCGGAGGCGUCGUCCGCCGCUGGCGCUGGGGAGGAGGAGAGCGAGGGCAACAGGUCGUCCUCCGCUGUCGCUCCCGCCAUUAUCCGACCCGAGGACUGCCACACGGUCAUAGCUUUGCCUUUGCCACAUCAGCCACUAUUUCCAGGAUUUUUUAUGGCAAUGUCUGUAAAGGAUCCGAAGUUGUUGAAAGCUUUAGUUGAAAACCACAAAAGAUCUUUCCCAUAUGCUGGGGCCUUUCUUGUCAAGAAUGAGGAAGAUACUGACAGUAACACUGUCACACGUUCAGAUCCAAAGAAAAGCAUUCAUGGUCUGAAAGGGAAAGAAUUAUUGAAGCAUCUUCAUGAAAUUGGCACUCUUGCUAAGAUAACAAGCAUUCAAGGAGAUCAGGUGUUGCUACUUGGUCACUGCCGUUUACGGAUAACUGAAAUGGUUGAGGAGGACCCACUUACAGUUAAAGUUGACCAUCUAAAGGAAAAGCCUUACGAUAAAGACAAUGAUUCCAUAAAGGCAAUAUAUUUCGAACUUCUAUCGACUUUAAGGGAUGUUCUAAAAACAAGUUCCCUUUGGAAGGAUCAUGCUCAAAUCUACACCCAGCAUAUGGUUGAUUUCAACUACCAAAGACUAGCAGAUUUUGGCGCUGCUAUUUCAGUCACCAACAAGUUGCUAUGCCAGGGAGUUCUUGAGGAACUAGAUGUGUCUAAGCGUUUGAUGUUGACCCUUGAAUUAGUAAAGAGGGAAUUGGAGAUUACUAAGUUGCAGCAAUCCAUAGCAAAAGCAAUUGAAGAAAAAGUAACUGGCGAGCAGCGCCGCUACUUAUUGAAUGAGCAACUUAAAGCAAUCAAGAAGGAGCUAGGCUUGGAGACUGAUGAUAAAACAGCGUUGUCAGAAAAAUUUAGGAAAAGGAUUGAAUCGAGAAAAGAGAAAUGCCCAUCUCAUAUCUUACAAGUCAUUGAAGAAGAGCUCACUAAACUUCAAUUACUGGAAGCUAGUUCUAGCGAGUUCAGUGUUACCAGCAAUUAUUUAGACUGGCUAACAGUAUUGCCAUGGGGGGAUUACAGUGAUGAAAACUUUGAUGUUCUUCGUGCUCAACGCAUUCUUGAUGAAGAUCACUAUGGUCUAACUGAUGUAAAAGAAAGAAUAUUGGAGUUUAUAGCAGUUGGAAAAUUAAGAGGAAGCUCACAAGGUAAAAUUAUAUGUCUCUGUGGACCACCUGGCGUUGGUAAAACUAGUAUUGGACGAUCAGUUGCACGUGCAUUAAACCGGAAGUUCUACAGAUUUUCUGUUGGGGGUUUGUCUGAUAUAGCAGAAAUCAAGGGUCAUCGACGGACCUAUGUUGGGGCAAUGCCAGGGAAGAUGGUUCAGUGUCUGAAAUCAGUCGGAACUUCAAAUCCUCUGGUUUUGAUAGAUGAGAUCGACAAGCUAGGGAGAGGGUAUUCUGGUGAUCCAGCCAGUGCACUGUUGGAACUUCUUGAUCCUGAACAGAAUGCUAACUUUCUUGAUCAUUAUCUUGAUGUUCCUAUUGACCUCUCCAAGGUUCUGUUUGUUUGCACUGCAAAUGUCAUAGAGAUGAUACCAGGCCCUCUACUGGACAGGAUGGAGAUCAUUACUAUUGCCGGUUAUAUAACCGAUGAGAAGAUGCAUAUUGCACGGGAUUACCUAGAAAAGAACACAAGGGAGGCUUGUGGCAUCAUGCCUGAACAGGUUGAGGUUACGGAUAGUGCUCUUCUUGCUCUUAUUGAAAACUAUUGCCGGGAAGCCGGUGUGCGUAACCUUCAAAAACAGAUUGAAAAAGUUUACCGGAAGAUAGCUCUGCAACUUGUUCGUCAAGGGGUAUCAAAUGAGCCAGCUCGGGAGAUCACAUUGGUGGAACCAAGUGAACAACCUACUGGUGUUAGCAUUGCAACAGAAGUGGAAAACAAGAGCCAGAGGGACAGUCUUGCAGAAGAUGUUUCAGUGCAUGUUAUUCCAACUGAUUUUUCUUGUGAGAAGAUUAAUGUAGUAUCCUUAACAACCAAGUCAGAAGUAGACCACUAUGAGCAUCCAAAAGGAGUAUCUAAAGAAACUUCUGCAGAUGACAAAGCUACACCAACGAAUACAUCAGGCAAAAUGGAGGCCAAUGAACACACAGAGGAAGUAAUGGAAGCACUUGUAGAUGAAGCACUUGUAGACAAGACUGUGGAGAAAGUAGUUGUUGAUGCAUCAAAUCUGGAUAACUUUGUUGGGAAGGCUGUAUUCCAACCAGAGCGUAUAUACGAUCAAACUCCUGUUGGGGUAGUCAUGGGUUUAGCUUGGAAUGCUAUGGGUGGUUCUACCUUGUAUAUUGAGACAGCAAAAGUUGAGGACGGCGAAAAAAAAGGUGCACUUGUGGUGACAGGCCAGCUUGGAGAUGUCAUGAAAGAGAGUGCUCAAAUUGCACAUACAAUUUGCAGAUCUAUAUUACAUGAGAAAGAACCAAAUAACACCUUUUUUACAAAGUCAAAGCUUCACUUACAUGUUCCUGCAGGGGCUACUCCAAAGGAUGGCCCCAGUGCUGGAUGCACGAUGGUUACAUCGAUGCUGUCUUUAGCCAUGGGAAAGCUGGUAAAGAAAGACCUCGCAAUGACUGGGGAAGUAACAUUGACUGGACGAAUUCUCCCAAUUGGUGGGGUGAAGGAGAAAACCAUCGCUGCCAGGAGAAGUGGGAUAAAGACGAUCAUAUUCCCAGCAGCGAACAGAAGAGAUUUCGACGAGCUUGCUCCUAAUGUAAAAGAAGGUCUUGAAGUCCACUUUGUUGACAAAUACAGUGAAAUAUAUGAUUUAGCUUUUCCAAGUGAUAGUCAGGCAUUAGCAAGCUAGUGUAUCGACAACGCAUGCUCUACAAAGCAGUUUGCAUCAAGACCAGGGUGAAGACCAGAAUAUGGAGUUCAUUCGUUGUCGCUUGCAAUUCGUUUGGCAAAUUAUACAGAAUCUACAGAAAGAAUAUCUCACAAGAGCGCACUUCCCAAAUAUAGCUUGGCAAGUUGUACAGAAUCUAUAGAUUGUUCCUUUUCUCCUUUUCUGUUAGUCAACUACCAUGUGUAAAUUCAGAAACAGUGAGAAUGCAUUAUUUUAGACAUUCUCUGAAUUGUGAACAGAACACCCGUGUAGGGUCUGAUGCAUGUAUAAAGCAUUCUUUUCAGUAUUC